CUACAGAGUUCCCAUGUGCCCUAUUGCGUCCCCAUGUGUUCCUAUGGAGUCCCCAUGGGUCCCUAUGGCGUCCUCUUGUGUCCCUAUGGAGUCCCCUUGUGUUCCUAUGGAUUCCCCAUGUGUCCCUAUGGCGUCCCCAUGUGUCCCUAUGGCAUCCCCAUGUGUCCCUAUGGAUUCCCCAUGUGUCCCUAUGGCAUCCCCUUGUGUCCCUAUGGAUUCCCCAUGUGUCCCUAUGGCAUCCCCAUGUGUCCCUAUGGUGUCCCCAUGUGUCCCUAUGGAGACCCCAUGUGUCCCUAUGGAGACCCCAUGUGUCCCUAUGGCAUCCCCAUGUGUCCCUAUGGAGUCCCUAUGUGUCCCUACAGCGUCCCCAUGUGUCCCUAUGGAGUCCCCAUGUGUCCCUAUGGCAUCCCCAUGUGUCCCUAUGGAGUCCCCAUGUGUCCCUAUGGCACCCCCAUGUGUCCCUAUGGAUUCCCCAUGUGUCCCUAUGGCACCCCCAUGUGUCCCUAUGGAGUCCCCAUAUGUCCCUAUGGAUUCCCCAUGUGUCCCUAUGGAUCCCCAUGUGUCCCUAUGGCAUCCCCAUGUGUCCCUACGGUGUCCCCAUGUGUCCCUAUGGAGUUCCCAUGUGUCCCUACGGUGUCCCCAUGUGUCCCUAUGGCAUCCCCAUGUGUCCUUAUGGUGUCCCAAUGUGUCCCUAAGGAGUCCCCAUGUGUCCCUAUGGGAUCCCCAUAUGUCCCUAUGGAGUCCCCUUGUGUCCCUAUGGCAUCCCCUUGUGUCCCUAUGGAUUCCCCAUGUGUCCCUAUGGCAUCCCCAUGUGUCCCUACGGAGUCCCCAUGUGUCCCUACGGAGUCCCCUUGUGUCCCUAUGGAGUCCCCUUGUGUCCCUAUGGAUUCCCCAUGUGUCCCUAUGGAGUCCCCAUGUGUCCCUACAGAGUCCCCAUGUGUCCCUAUGGCAUUCCCAUGUGUCCCUAUGGAGUCUCCAUGUGUCCCUACGGUGUCCCCAUGUGUCCCUAUGGCGUCCUCAUGUGUCCCUAUGGAUUCCUCAUGUGUCCCUAUGGAGUCCCCAUGUGUCCCUACAGCGUCCCCAUUGCCCCGCAAGUGA